GCGGCAAGAAGCCUGGGGCUAUCCCCAAAGGAUUAUUCGGCCCAUUCACUUCGGAUCAGAGGGGCCUGUGCUCUACUAGCCGCUGGUAAAAGUGACCUGGUCAUUCGGCUAAUGGGCAGGUGGUCCGGCUGGUGUUUCACAGUCUACACGCGAUUACAACCAGGUAUGAUUCGCGACGCAGCA